AUGAAGUGGUUCUUGGCUCUCCUUCCUCUCGCGGCAGCAGCACCUGCCAUGCCGACCGUCGAGCUCGGUGAUGCUCCACCAGCGGGUUCGGUUACCAUCCGCGGUGUCAGCUAUGGAGGAACCGGUUGCCCACAGGGAACCAUGAGCUCCCAAAUCAGCAGUGACAGGACUGUCGUUACGCUCAUCUUCGACUCCUACAUUGCUUCAAUUGGUCCCGGCAUCGCCGUCACUGAGCAGCGUAAGAACUGCCAGCUGAACGUGGACAUCAAAUACCCUGGAGGCUUCCAGUACUCCAUCCUGUCUGCCGACUACCGCGGUUACUCUGCCAUCCAAAAGGGUGUCACCGGCACACUCAAGUCAACCUACUACUUCUCUGGCCAGACUGCUCAGACCAGCACCCAAUACACCUUCGAGGGACCCGCCAACGGCGACUACCUCAAGCAUGACACGGCCGAUAGCACGUCGGUUGUGUGGUCGCCUUGCGGCACUACUGGCAUGCUCAACAUCAACUCACAAGUCCGCCUGACUACCACCAACUCCUCCGCCACUGGUCUGCUCACCACCGACUCUACUGAUCUUAAGUUCACCCAAGUUGUGUACGUGCAGUGGCAGAAGUGCACUGCGUAG